AUGCCUUACUUCACUAUUGUCGUCCCUACCAUCUCCGAGGAGAACAAGGACCGCUUCCUCGAGGCUUGGCCCACGCUCAAGGAAGAGCUCAAGUCCCAGCCUGGAGUUGCUGGCGUUUCCGCCGGACCCGUUGUUGCCGAGAACGGUGCGGCUGCCACUGAGUUCAAGUUUGUUCAGUGCAUCUCCUUCAAGACCGAGGAGGAUGUCGAAGCUUUCCAGUCCUCUGCGUGGGCUCAGGAGCGUAAGGAGAGAUACAAUGAGCGAGUUGGAGGCGAGCCUACUGUUGGCCGGUUCGAGGUUGCCCAGUUCCCCGAGGGUGCCUCUCACAAGACCUUCACCCAGUUCUCCAGCAUUGUCAUUGAUGACAAGAGCAAGCACCCCGAGGUUAGAAAGGCCUGGAUGAGCCUUGUAGAUGCCCUCGGCAAGGAGACUUGGGGUGGUGUCAGCGUUGGAGAUGGACCUACCGUUGGUCUCGGCCUGGUUGGAUGGGACAGCCUCGAGGAGGCUCAGGCGGCUUACCAGGACCCCAAGGCUGCAGCUGCCUUGGCCGAGUACAAGAGCCUUGGCCAGCACAAGAACCUGAUGGUUCAGCUGCAGUAA